UUCCUCUUCCGCCAUUUCCGGCGGAGUCCGGAAGUCGGUUUUUCUCUUCCUUGCCGGGUAGUUUGCUCGUUUUCUGCGUGGGUCUCCUCGUUUUAGUUCGGGAGGCGCCUGUGGGCUGGCCUGCUCCAGCCAUGGCGGGGGCCGCCCCGGCCACGGCCUUCGGGCAGGCGGUGAUCGGGCCCCCGGGCUCGGGGAAGACCACGUACUGCCUGGGCAUGAGUGAGUUCCUGCGCGCGCUCGGCCGGCGCGUGGCGGUGGUGAACCUGGACCCGGCCAACGAAGGGCUGCCCUAUGAGUGUGCCGUGGACGUGGGCGAGCUGGUGGGGCUGGGCGACGUGAUGGACGCGCUGCGCCUGGGCCCCAACGGUGGUCUGCUCUACUGCAUGGAGUACCUGGAAGCCAACCUGGACUGGCUGCGCGCCAAGCUCGAGCCCCUCCGAGGCCACUACUUUCUCUUCGACUGCCCCGGCCAGGUGGAGCUCUGCACGCACCAUGCCGCCCUGCGCAAUAUCUUCUCCCAGAUGGCACAGUGGGACCUCAGGCUGACGGCUGUCCAUCUUGUGGAUUCUCACUACUGCACAGACCCAGGCAAGUUCAUCUCAGUGCUGUGCACCUCCCUGGCCACCAUGCUGCAUGUGGAGCUGCCCCAUGUCAACCUCCUCUCCAAGAUGGACCUUAUCGAACACUAUGGGAAGCUGGCCUUCAACCUGGACUACUACACGGAAGUCCUGGACCUCUCCUACCUGCUUGAGCACCUGGCAUCUGACCCGUUCUUCAGUCACUACCGUCAGCUCAAUGAGAAGCUGGUCCAGCUCGUCGAAGACUACAGCCUGGUCUCCUUUAUCCCUCUGAACAUCCAGGACAAGGACAGCAUCCAGCACGUCCUACAGGCUGUGGAUAAAGCCAAUGGUUACUGUUUUGGGGUUCAAGAGCAGCGAAGCCUGGAGGCCAUGAUGUCCGCUGCGAUGGGGGCCGACUUUCAUUUCUCCUCCACUCUGGGCAUCCAGGAGAAGUACUUAGCAUCCUCGGACCAGACGGCAGAGCAGGAAGCCAUGCAGCUCUAGCAGCUGGGCCUGGAUGACCGCUGGAUCUCCACCCAAAGCCGUGUCCAGCCUAGCGGAGGCUGGGAAGAACAUCCAUCCUGCAAAGGACUUCCGGAUAAAAAGCCAGACAUCGCACCCUCAGUGGUGCCCCAAGCUUGGAGCCUUGCCCCCCCCGAAAUGCUGCCUGAAAGUUGGGGACUGGCUCUGUUGGGGCUGCGGUGGGGUGUGUUGGGAUGUGAGAUUAUUCCCUACUUUUUGUGGGCUUCAAACUUUUCUUCAAGUCUCUGGAACCAGGGGUUUGGAGCAAAACAAAGGAUUGUCUCUGUCCCUGCAAAUAA